AUGCACAUAGAGUUCGGUACACCACCCUUACUAACAGGGAAGGAAAAUAACUUGGACGAGCGUAAAAAAGUCACAACCAUAGCUAUAUUGCCCCUAUCAAAAGACCACAUAGCGAGCCUAAAGAAGGUUGCUAAUGAGGGAGUCAAUGGUCCAAACAUGUACAACCCUUACACCCGCUAUGAAGUGGUAGCGGCUCAUAUUUGGCGUAGUGCAUGCAAGGAACGUGAACAAUACCUUGAGCAGCCUACGUGUUUAGGCUUCUCUGUCGAUGUACGUAACCGUUUGCACCCACCACUACCACCAAAGUACCUCGGGAAUGCAAUCUUAGACGUGGUGGCCUCGUCUAGGUCAGGGAAUAUCGUAACACUUCCCUUAGGUUGUACUUGUGCUAGAAUAAGGGAAGAAAUUGAGAAAAUCGACGAUCGAUAUAUUUGGUCAAACGUUAACUUUUGGAAAAAUAUGUAUGAUUUGACCCCUUUUCAAGACCUCCAUGCACGUACGAGUAAGGAUGACCCAUUUUAUGGUAACCCAAAUAUUGGGGUGAUUAGUUGGUUGAAACUUCCAAUUUAUGAGCCUGACUUUGGUUGGGGAAAAGAGAUCUACGUGGGCCCAGGUACUCAUGAUUCAGAUGGUGAUUGCUUAUUGCUUCCUAGGCCUGAUGGGUCAGCCAAAGUUGCUAUAUGCUUGCAAUUGGCCCAUACGGAUGCAUUUUUUUAA